CUAAUAGCGAUCUAUUAAAAACAAGACUUCCUUCUUUAAAUUUCUCACAAUUUUGUACUUUUUAGCAUUUUUCUCUUUGAGGUGUAACAAAUUUGUCGUGUUUUAAUCCUUAAUUUUCACAAGCACUCACUAGUUUAAUCUAAAUUCUUGCUUCUUGUUGUAAAUUAGUAAACAUUAUUCAAAAACUAACAUUUUCCUGUAUUAUUAAUUUUUUUCUUUGGUUUGAACAGGAAUAAGCCAGGAUGGUGGGAAAAAAACUAGAAUGCGACCAGUAUACCGCAAUGAUCGGUUUAAUGAACCUAUCGAAUGAUCUUCUGGGAGAAGAUAUCAGAAACAUGGACUUAACAUUGAUAAAAGAGCUCCUUAUGAACAAGGUGUUAAAUUUCAAUAACCAACUGAGGCAGAUAUGCUACUGGACUGAGGCGUCAAACUCAAAUGAAAAAAAACGCAGUUUAACCCAAAAGUUUACAGAUUUAUUCCAAUCGAAUUCUCAAUCGAAGGCAAAUCCAGAGUCGUCAGAAAACACAAAUGGAACACAAGAUUCAUCAUCGAAGCACAACAACUUGAUUAACAGACUAAAGAAUCUAAAUCGUAACGAAUUCUUUGUAUACUCAGCUUCUUUAAGUUUUAACCCCAACGUGAAGUGCGGAUCUGACCUUCUGAACCCCUCCAUUGGAGGAGGGAUUGUGUUCACAAUCACAGCAAAGAUGCCCUUGGAUGAGAAGCAGAGGAAGUUGUAUCUCCAAAUUCUUUUGCGCUACUUGGGGAAAAAUUCGGUUCUUCUCCAAGUUAAGUCUGAGAGUUCAACUUCACUUGAUAAAAUCUUAUCUAACACUAAUGUAGUACAUGAGGAUCCUACGGCUGAUGGUUCAGCUGUUCUGAAACCCAUUCCCAAAUAUUUCGACGAAGACUAUUCAGACGAGGACUCAAACGACAACAAAUGCAGCAAUGAUUAUGUUCCAAACAACUACUCCUUCUUCCGCCACAGCUCAUACUUGUUAUCCAAGUAUGCCAACAGCAAGUUGGUUGUCAAGGAGGAGGACGAUAAGUUUGUAACUCAGCGCUUACUCCAAGUUAAGCUCCAGAGAGGUAGAAAAUAAUUGUAAUCUAGUGAUUAAUUUCAUAUUACAACCA